UCUUUUUGGCAGUUCGGGGGUGACGGUGCGACGUCGUCUGUCGCCAGGGAACGCGAAAUAACGGCGGUAAUGACAUCAAGGAUAUUGACAUUAUCAGCUGGUCGACACCUAUAAUACUACUACUGGUUUCGCCUCCUCUGUUUUCGUAAUGCUGGGGAUUUUCGGUGGUUGGGCACAGCGGGUAUUCAUUGGACUCGAGAUGUUCGGUUCCUCCUGCGACUAAUACACGAUGUAGAAUGAUAAAGGAAGUCUUUUGCAACUGGUCUUUCUUUAGGCCAGAUGAAAAUGGAUUUGCGAGUGAUUGUGCGAAGUGUUACUGCUGAGAAAUGUCUGUAAUUAGUGAAACAAUUACUACUGUAAUCAGUGACAUGACCCUGUGAAUGAUCAUUCUGUAGAGAAUUGGUAAAAUCUCACUAUGACUACCAUCUGUAGUUUGCGUCUGUCACGUCAUCUUUCAAUUCCUGUUAGACAGAUGAUGCAUACUCAGAACUGAUUGGGUCCAAGGGGGAAGUUAUUAGUCGGCCUGUGUGUUUUAGGUUUGAUGGUGAACAUUGUUGGUGGUCGUACUUUGGUCCCCCCCACGGUGGGUGGCCCCCCUAUUACGGAAUCCAAGAUGACGGCACGAGCCAUCCUCCAGUGUCGACCAAAUUCUCACCCAUUUCCCGAAAGAACGCUGACACUUGACCAACCAGUAAAAAUUGGACGGUCUGUGGCUCGUGCCAGACCAUCAACGAGUAACGCCAUUUUUGAUUGCAAAGUUUUGUCUAGGAACCAUGCUCUCCUGUGGUAUGAAAAUGGCAAGUUUUACUUGCAAGACACGAAGAGCAGCAAUGGCACCUUUGUCAAUAAUCAAAGGCUUAGUAAAGGUUCAGAAGAAUCUGCACCGAGGGAAGUGUGCUCGGGGGAUAUUGUACAGUUUGGAGUGGAUGUUAUGGAGAACUCUAGGAAAGUAACUCAUGGAUGUAUAGUUGCUACUUUGAAGUUGUAUAUGCCUGAUGGACAGGAAGCUAAAGCAAGCCCUUCAACAGUAGUUGGCGGGGCAGUCUCUAGCGUGUCCGCUCAAGAACUGUAUCAGUUACGAACGUACCUUCAAGAAGCGCAGCACCGUGAACAGCAGAUCGAAACCAAAUUAGCUGCCUUACAGCGCCUGGUUGCAUCAACUCAGGAAGCAGCUACUCAUAGUUGGAAUGCUAUGAUAGAUGAAGACAGACUACUCCAGCGCUUAGAGACGCUAGAAGCUCAGCUUUCUACUUAUGCUAAGAAUUACCCCGAAGAUAGUGUACGAGAAGAGAUGCGCCGUUUGUUGGACGAGAAGUGUCAGUACGAAACGACUGCCAAAGAAUCUCUACGAAGAGUUUUACAGGAAAAAUUAGAUGCUGUUACAAAAUUAGCAGAUUUAGAACGGACAUUGAGUACAUCAGAAGAUGAAUUGAGUCACCUUAAAAAUGUUUGUGAGACAUCACAACAGGAGCUCAAUGAAAUGCUGGAAAAGCAGGCUGCUCAAAAUGAACAGGUGGCUCAGUUGACAGAAAAGCUAAAGGCAGCGGAAGACCAGUUAAAGGACACGGAGGAAAACUACGAGCAAGAGAAAAAGGAGCUUACAAGUAAGCUUACAGAAAAGUCAAGUGAAGAAAAUAAACUCAUGGCUAGAAUAGAGAGUUUAACUGCAGAAAUUGACUUCACUAAAGAGCAAUUAAGUGCCAUGAAAGCCAAAUAUGAAAACAUCAAGAAUGGGGAAAUUAGUGGCUUGAUAAAGCCGUUAAAAGACUCCACAAGCUUAGACUCAUUGAGUAUAGAAUCUUCAGAGGUCAAACAGGCGUUGGAAACGACGCAGAGGGAAAUUUACACGCUUAAAGAUCGCCUUCAGGCUGCUGAGGAUGAACUAAGGCAGGCCGAGGCAAAUGUAUCUCAGCUGAAACAUGAAGCUGAACUGGCCGACACCGCAGAGGCAGGAUGCUUGAGCACGCGCGCCCGCCUCCAGGAGGAACUGUCAGAAAAUAAAGCAAGGACUGCAGUAAGUAUGGCUUUGACUGAACACCUCCAAGAUCAGAUAGCAACACUAGAGAAUCGCUUGCAAGAAUACCAAAUUAUGUCCGAAACCCCCAAGAUUUAUGAAGACCUUGAUGACGACAACACUCCAACGUUAGUGAGAAGAAAAAAGGAUGUAAAGAAAAAUAAAGAUAAACUAAAUGAAGAUGAUGAUGAUGACGCAAAAGACAAAACUUCGAAUGAAUUAUUGGACGAAUCCAUUGAAGCCGACACGACUCUUACUAUCAUUCCAACUAAGGGAUCUUGCAAGGACUCCAAUGUAAAUGGUAGUUUGGAGGAUAAAGAAGACAAAGAUCUUGAACAGGAGUCAACUUUACGGGCAGACAUCCUUAGGCUUCAAGAACUCUUGGAGACAAGUCGGAAAGCACAGGAAUCAGCUGAUAAAGAAGUAGCACGUAUCAGAGAAGAGUUGGCUCAGGCAUCCACUGCAGCUAUCACAGCUUCCCAUGAAUCCUCUAAUUUACGUCAGCAGCUAGCGGCAAGUGAAGCGUUGAUGAGUGAGAAAGUCAAGAUGGUGGGAUCUCUGCAAAGUCAAGUUAGUCGAUUGGAAAGUUCUUCCCAGGAGGUCCACACACAUCUUUCAACUCUCACUUCCAAACUAAAAGAGGAACAGCUCAAAGCUCAGAGGGCCGAGGAAGAUGCUCUGUUAUUACAAAAAAAGCUUCAUGAAGCUGAGGAAUUGGCUAAGCUUAGUGUUCAAGAGGCAGAAUUGCUCAAGAGUCGGAUAGCGAGCCUAGAAGAGAGACUACAGUUUGGGGAAGGUUCACAGAGUACUCCUCUCAUUCUUCCACCUGCCCCUCCACGAUACCCUGUCCCCAGCAGUGAAGUCUCAAGGGAAGAGACACUGACUGAUAGUGAGAACCUCCAGUUAGCCCAGGAGGAUGCUUCUAGUUCUUCCGAAGCUGUUAUAAAUUCAAGUCUAGUACCAACUAAUUCUCAAGGUAGCUCUUCAGAUGGUGCAGAAUCUCUUCCUCUGAAAGAGGCAGAGUUAGGAGCUCUGAAGAGUCUACUUGCAAAAUUGCAGGAUGAACUAGCUAAAACAAGAGUAGAAUACAAUGCUCUCAAGGACAGAGAGCAGACCUUAGAAAAAUUGUUGGACUUGGAGAGAAAAAAGAUAAUUUCAGGACAGGAAUCGUUAGAUGGAGUCAUACCUUCCAUUUUGAGUGAUGGCGUUGUGUCAGAUAAAUUAGAUGAUCUUCAAAAAGAACUGAUCUCCCUGAGAGAAGAACGUGAUGAUUUAAAGAAGAAACUGCAUGUUGUAGAUGAAGAAUACCAGCUUCUUGGAGUCCAAAACAAGAUGGCUGUGGCACUGAGUGUAUUGCCAUUGUGCAUCUUAUUCUUGGGCUUCAUCACUGCUUUUUACGACACAAUAUCAGCCAUCACUGGAACUACCGAGUACCAUCCACCAUCAUAGAUGUUGCUUUGGUGUUUGGGAUUUUGGUAUGAGAGGAAGAGAGAAAGGGAAUGAGAGAGUGACUAAUACAUUAGUGCAGUUUGGAUGCCAUAAGUCAGCUCAUUUUGCUAUCAUCAUGACCACCAUUAUCAUUUUCAUAAUGUAAAGCUUCAGAAGAGUCACACUCAUCUUUCAUUUCACUAAUAACUGCCAUUUUAUAUAUGUAUCUGAGCAAAGAAGGUACAUUCAUCUCAUGAAGUGGAAUCACCUUUCAUCACUGAUGGUGUUGAUGAUGGCAUAGCAUUCAAGGAUCUGCAACCCUCAGGGAAUAUACACACGAGAAAUCUAAAGAGGUGUGCAUUAUGCUGCUUGCUAUUUGCCAGGUCUUUUUCAUGCAGCAGUGCCAGGCCCUCAUUUGUCGGCAUUUUCUAGAAUUUGUUGGAAAAGUUAUGAGGUACUGGAUCUGUAACAGAUAAGAAGAAUGGAUAUAUUUGCAUGCCGGUAAUGUUAGUUAUGAUGUAAUGUAUCUUAGCAUUUUGCUUUGGAUGUAAGUCACUUGUGGCAUUGUUAUAGUACAAGUUCACUGAAAUGUGAUCACCACAGCCAUUUGAUUUAAUUGGUGUCCUUAUUCUUUCCCCUUUUAGUCCUUGAAUUGGAUAUUUAAAAAGUUGAAAGAAUUUCUUGACAAAAAUAUACUUAGGAGUGAGAAAUGUAUGGAUAUUCAUCGUUGUGCUUCAAGUUUGUGUGGUCCAGGUUUUUCCUCCCAUUUUCUAUGCACACCAUCUUUAGAAGGGACUGCUAUGGAAGAGUGAAGAGUAGAAAAGAAGGAAUACCAAGAGUUUUUAUUACUUAUCAGAGCCUUAAUAUAUAAUGUUUGUCAGAGAAAAUGGAUUUAUUUAUUGCACAAAUUAGUGUAAGAUUUAUAGUUUCUUUUAUAAUCAGUUUUAUACUGUUUAGUUAUUAAAUAGUUACCUAUGUUGAUACUUUAAGGCCAUAUGUUGCAGUACCACUGCAACAUCAUGAAGUUAUGUUUAGGUAUUGUAUCAUGGUUAGUAGGAUAUUUUGUUAAAGGUCUUGAUGGUGACCAUUUAUUACAGUUAGCUGCUUUCUCUGAAUGAUGGUUGCUUGUUUUCCAUGUUAAUCGUUUGGUUAUUUUACUGUAGUGCCGCUAUAAAAACACAGUUUAAAGACGAAUCAAAAGGACUCUGGAAAGUUAUACUGUUUUUAUUGAAUUACCUUUGGCCUAGAAAGUUUACAUUACAAUUGAUGCAGGUUCUUGGUAUCUGAUGAAAUUUUCGUAUUUAAUGUCACGCUUAGGCAGUCAUGGUAGGUUCAGGAGAUCAAAGAUUUUCUGGCUCUUAAUUCAUCAUGGAGAUGUUUCAUGGAGCAUCUCUGGGGCUAUGAAUCACAUCCUGUGGAAGCUUAUGCAUUCAAAUUGGAUCAACAAACUUGUUUUCUUCAGGCUGCAGAAUGUUUGUUCUUAGAUUUGCUUUUUUAAAAUGUUUACAUAAGAAAUUUUGGUUACCUUUAUCAUGGAAGUUUAAAUCAUCUUUUACAUCAAAGAUGUGUAUUACUUUUCAUCUAUGUCCCUUUGCUCUGUGUUCCAGAACCUGCCCAUGAUAGCAUCAGAAGCUUAGUAUGCUCUUUAUUGAAUAGUGUCAAUGCUACUGCUCAGAUGUCUCUUUGGUAUUAAUUGAUGUUAUAGUAGUAUUCAUUGUUUUAUUUCAAAAGUUAUUAGGUAUCUCUAUAAUUCCAUGAUUUUUGCUAGUUAUCAAAGAGAUUGUGUGAAACUUUAUUUCAUUAAUGAAGUACCAUAUAUAGCAACAAGAGUUGGGAGAAGUGGGUCAUAACAAAAUGGUCAUAAAAUAAAAAUCAAAGCAGAUAUUAUUUAUGUACAGUAACAUUAAUUUGCCAGUCGGCAUGCAAGGUAAAUGUUAGUACCGUGUCUUAAAAUUUAUGUUUUCUUUGUGUAAAUGUAAUAUAUUCAGCUUUUUCAGGCUUCCAGGACAUUGUUCAGAUCUCGUUGUAGAAGUUUUUGGAACGGGUGAUGCUUGUAAGGAAAAGCUUAAAUGCUAAAUAAGGUUUAGACUUGACGUCAGGACAUUUGAUGCAAGUCUGAGUUACUGUCUAGAUUUUGCUUUCAGCUUCUGGGGGAUAGUAAAUAAUUAUGCCCUAUACUUUGCUUCUCUACUUUUGUUUAUGCUUGGAAAUUUCAAAAUCAUAUGUAAGAGAAUUGUUACAGGAGUAAUUGCCUAGGUCUUUAUCUGUAUUUCAUCAGUCAUAAGAGAGUAUCUUUGUAGGCUAGUUUUGGGUCAGUACUACAAUUUAUUUGUAAUUGUGAUUGCCUUGAGUGAUACAUUAUUGUUUGUGGGUGAUUUUCUAGUUCUUAUUUUAAUCUGUUGAAUUAUAUCCUUUUCUUAUUUGCUUUGCUCAUGUCAGCUUAUUUAAGGCUGAUUAAGCUUGCUUUCAUAAAAACUGUGAUUUCUUUUUACAUACAUUUUUUUUACAGAGCCACACUUACUUUGCAUGGCAACUUUUUGAUGAAAAGAAAGUCACAACUGGUGAAAGUGUUACUGUAUAUUGGUAGUAUUUAAUAAAAUUCUUAGCUUUUAAGACUAAAGGUUUAAAUACAGUUUAAGGCAUAGCGUUAUUUAGAAAGGGAAUGUAGAGAGAGAAAAAGCUAAAGUAUUCACAACACCAUUCUUUAUAAUCAAGUAGCCAAAUUGUACUGCUUUGAGUAAGUUUUGCAGCGUUUGAGAAUGCGAAAAACUGUGUACAGUAUUUCAGUGGAUAUGCAGUAACCAUAAACAUUUCAAAUUCAUUUUUGGAAAUUCAUAUUAUCACUGGAGUUAAAAAGUAAUGAUGCAGUAUAGUUGUAUAAGUCCUGUACUAGAUACGUUUGUAUCUUAUUACAGAAAAUUAACUCGAGAAAUUCUUUGAGAAAGUUUAGGUAUUUGACAAGAUGGAAGAUGAAUAUCUUGAAUUCUUCUCUUCAUUUUCCAAAGUCUCCAUGAUGUAGAAUAGUUAUUUUAGUGUGAAAUUUCAAUAAAUACAAUUGUAGGAAAAAGGGGUUAAAAGAUGUUAUGCAAAUACUAAUAUUUAGAAAAUCAAAUGAAGGGAUUUUGUGUAUCAUGUAGGGAGGAAUUUUGUGUUGAACAGACUUCACAGCAAAAAUAGGAAGGAAUAUGUGGGGUACACUUGUGCAGUUUGUUCAGCAGCAUAUUACAGGAUCGUCCAUAAGUGUCAUAGUGCUAUUUUAAAAGAAAUGAUUUAGUACCAAAAUGUAUACUCGAGGUGUUAUGAUUAGAAAACUUGAAAAGAUUCUGCAAUUUUGGAAGAUUUCUAAAGCAUAACAUUUCUUCUCUUCUUUCUCUAACAUUGUGGGUGUUUUCACAUGAAAUCGUGUCUUGGAAAGCAUGAACAGUUUAAUACCAUAUAUAUAAAUAAAAGUCUUGGAAAUGAAAGUUUUAUUACAUUAUAUAAGAUAAAUAACAACUUUAACAGUAACUUCCAUUUCACCAUACUGUAUAUUUUAUUAAGAUGUUGAGAAUGAGUACUGAGCAUGAAAGUUCUGACAUAGUCCUUAAGAUAAAUAAGGAGAGGAAAUUUUUACAGGAUUUAAGUCAAGAACUGGUUGCCAGGGAAGACUGAAUUGAACACUGGAUGAAGUCUGACAAAGAAUCUUAAUUGUUUGACAUUGAUUCAUGUGUGCAGAAAGCAUCUUUUGAGUGAGAUUAAACUGCUUCCAUAGGUGUAGUGGAGAUAGAUGCAGUUACAAAGCUUAGUCUUCCACAUCUGUCAAGGGGCUCAUUUGUUAGAGUGAAUAACAUCUUUUAUCCUGUGGAACUGCCUUGUAAGAACCAGUCAUAUGGAACGUAGUUGUCUUUGAGGAUAUGCUGAUUUCAGAUUUUAGAUGUCAUGACUUGUUUGGACAUGCAUGGACAAUGUGAGCAGUUUAGAUUUUAAUUGAGUAGUUUACUUUAUUUAAAGCAAUUAAAGGCUUGUAAUGGUCAAACAAGCUCAAUAUUGUUUUGAACAAUGACAUAACUUCUUGUGAAAGUUGUUGAAACUAAAAUCAUACAUGAUAAAUAUAUGUACCAUAUGUAUAGGCAGCAAGUCCUAUGUGCUGGUAUGAGGAGUAUACUUUGUGUCAGCCCAUAUUACUUUGAUUCACCUGUUUUGGCACUAUAUGAAAUGUUUAUAGGUGUAGCCAAUAUGUUGCCGUACCUGGUUUUUUUAUCUGUGAUAAUGAAUGUUUAUUAAUGCUGUAUCCUAUUUGUGUUUCUUGUGCCUUUAUUUCAUGAUUCUUUUGUUCUUAAUAGCAUAUUGGUUACACCAUCUCAAUUAAUGAAUUUUAUAGAUGAAUACCAAUUGGGGUAGUCAGUCAGUUAACCAUUGAAAUUAUUUGGCAAAAUGGAAGGCCUGUUGCUUUGGCCACUUGCUUCUGUUUUCACCUUUUUUUUCCUAUGUGAAGUGUACAGUACCUGGAUUUUGCCAUUUCAGGUUCAGAGACGUGUCUGAAAGGGAAAUGUGAAUUGUAUUUACAAAUAUUUGUAUAUAUGCAGUUGCCAAAUACCUCUCAUGACCCUCCUGAAUGACACCUCACGUAGGAUUUUAGGACCUAGUCACCUAUCUGGUAUUGCACUGUCAACAUCCCCCCUUAACUCCAUUAUGAAUGAAAGUCAUGUAUAGAAAUUAUUGUCUUAGUUUUUGUUUUCUUGUACAUAAAACAACAGAUGGUCUUGGUCUGUGUGGCCCGGAGUGUAUAAAGACGGAGUUGUAUACUGCCAUAUUUCUGUAGUAUAUAUACAUAUAUAUAUAUAGGACCCUUGUUAUUGAAUAUUUUGUCAUGUAUAAACUUACUUGUAUUUCUGGUUUACUCCGUACGAUAUAUUUUUCAUCUUCACAUGAAAAAGGUUUCUUUCAUAUUAAGCUUGGGAAAGGCUUUUUAUGCAUGACCCUGUUUCCUAUGAGUUUGAACUGCCUUUAUACAUCAGUCUGAGAAGUCAGUUUUCUGUGGUAUAGAACAUGUCCGUUAACCUCAUUAUAUAAGUCACAAGUACAGUAUGUAAUAUUAGCACUUUUUGUAGAGUUCAUAUAAAGUAUGUUGUUCAUUUUCAGUAAAGUCACUUGUACAAAGAAAGAAAAAAGCACACAGAGGCUACCAUAACUGGCUGGUUUCAAUAAGAUGUUCAGUGAGUAGUAGUGUUCUGUGUUUGGUUAUAAAUGAUAAGAACAACCCUCAAACCUAUAGGUACUUUGUAAAUGGAUUGGUUAUCUACUUCAAUAAUAAAAUAUUUUUGCUCCUG